AUGGGAAGCGUACGGAAAAACACGGAUGCCUUCCGCAGCAUGGAGAGGCUGAAUGUCUGCAGUGCACAGCGCCAAUUGCGUGCGUAUAAUGAGGGACGCGUAUAUCUCGACUACCAGGCUACAACCCCCGUAGACCCGAGGGUUCUGGAUAGAAUGUUGCCCUACCUGAGCCACAGCUUCGGGAAUCCGCACAGCCGCACUCAUUCCUUCGGUUGGGAUGCUGAACACGCCGUGGAGGAAGCACGAUCUGAAGUGGCUACCUUACUCAAUUGCGACGCCCGCAGCAUUAUCUUCACCUCUGGCGCAACGGAGUCGAACAAUUUGGCAAUCAAGGGCGUUACCGAAUACUACAGCAACCUCGAACACCCCGAUGCAUCAAAAAUAAAGGACCACAUCAUUACUUCGCAGAUAGACCACAAAUGCGUGCUGCAGACGUGCCGUAACCUCGAAAAUCGGGGCUACAAGGUGACCUACCUGAAGCCGGAUACCAAGGGUAUUGUCAGCGCAGCGGAUGUUGCGGCCGCUAUCACGCCAAACACAUUCCUGUGCUCAAUUAUUCAUCUCAACAAUGAAAUCGGCACCCUCCAAAAUUUAGAGGGGAUCGGACGUGCGUGCCGAGAGCGCGGCGUUAUUUUCCAUACCGAUGCCGCGCAGAGCUUCGGAAAAGUCCCUUUGGAUCUCUCUAAACUGCCAGUCGACCUCAUGUCGAUUUCUGGGCACAAGAUAUACGGUCCGAAGGGAGUGGGCGCCCUUUACGUAGGUCGACGGCCGCGCAUCCGACUGCGCCCAAUCAUCGACGGCGGUGGGCAGGAACGCGGCCUAAGAUCAGGCACACUACCAACGCCGCUGGUAGUAGGCCUAGGUGCGGCAGCCAGCGUGGCACGUCAGGAGAUGCAGCGCGACUUAAAUCAUGCACGUCGUUUGUGGCAGAAGCUGGUGGCCGGCAUGCGUGACAUAGGGCACGUGCAUAUAAACGGUUCGGUUGAGGAUGGCGAGCGUUAUUGGGGGAAUCUAAAUGUCUCUUUCGAAUUCAUUGAAGGUGAAUCAUUACUGAUGUCGCUCCAAAAUAUCGCGUUGUCCAGUGGAUCGGCGUGCACAUCGACCAGUCUGGAACCGAGUUACGUCUUGCGCAGCAUAGGCGUCGGUGAAGAAGUUGCGCACACCUCUAUUCGCUUCGGUAUUGGUCGUUUUACCACUGAACGCGAGAUCGAUCAACUGCUGGUGGAGCUCAGGUCUGCCGUGGAGCGCUUGCGCAACUGCAGCCCACUCUACGAAAUGUUUGUGGAGAAGGAAUCAACGGAAAACAUGAUUUGGACAUGA